UAUGAUCGAAGUGAAUCUUCGCGUUAGGAGGCAAUGAUGUCCUUUCCACCUUUAAAAUGCGUCGGUGGAGGCCGAGUCUCCACAGUCUCCGCCCAUAUUGCCGUAGCAACAAGGAUUUUGACUGCAUAGUUUCAAAAGCUAAUCGGAGAAGCUCCCUCUGUCCAUUUUAUACACUGCGGUGUGGUUGAAUCUGUCGUUGCGACUUUAUGUGUUAAACUUACUGAAUGGUCUUUGGAACAAAGAGAACUGAUUCUUUGUCCCCCCCGUCUGAAAAAAGACUUAAAGGAAGUCUUUAAAUGUUGUAUAAACUGCUGGGGGAGUAGUUUAUUCUCCUUUGGACUUCCCUCGCCUUGCGAUAGGCUUCUCGCUGAAUGAGUGGGUGAUUCGAGAGACUUCGAGGCUUGUGCACAAUAGAGUGAAUGUGUGUCGCAGAGCAAAGAGCUAAGUCCGUCAACGAGUGCUCGGUGCCCUGGGGAUGCUUCGCUCUGGGGCUGGUGUGAUUCUCUUCGUAGCUCCGGCGCUCGUCUCGUACGCUUUGUCCGAUCACAUACCCACGCUAUGGAGCUGCGCGUAUUUGUCAUCGCAGCCGGUUCCUUUCCAAAAGCCAGGCACUUUCCAACGAAGGCGGUCUUAAGCGUUGUUCACAUUUUGGCUAUCGCGGUUACAGCAAGCAGGACAGGUGUUAAGAACAAAUGCACUGCCGAAAAAACGAACCGCUGCUCCGAAUGCCUGCUCCUUGGUCCUGAAUGUGGAUGGUGCUUUCAAAAGGAAUUUUCAGAGGGAGCACUGCAAAGAAGGUGUGACUUGAUCACCAACCUAAUUCAAAGAGGCUGUGAUUCCGAUUUCGUUGAAUCUCUUCAUGUCAAAAAAAUCGUGGAAGAACAAAAGUAUUCUCAGCUGGUCCCUGGCAAAGUCUCUUUACAACUACAACCAGGUGGUGAGACAAGUUUAAUAGUGGACGUUCAUCAACUGAGAAACUACCCUGUAGAUCUCUAUCAUUUAGUUGAUACAUCGGCAUCAAUGGUGACCAAUCUGGAAAGGCUACACUCCAUGGGAUACUCUUUAUCACGAAGGAUGGCAAAAUAUUCCAGUGAUUUUCAGUUUGGGUUUGGAUCAUUUGUUGAUAAGCCAGUCUCUCCGUUUAUUAACAUUCAUCCAGACAAGCUUAUUAACCCAUGCAGCGUUUAUGAGACAUCUUGUCAUCCUGCUCAUGGGUUUAUGCAUGUGCUGUCACUGACUGACAAUAUAACUGAAUUCAGGAAAGCAGUGGAGAAACAAACUAUUUCUGGAAAUGAGGACACACCUGAAGGAAGUUUGGAUGCAUUGCUCCAGGUUGCAGUUUGUGAGAGCCAAAUAGGAUGGCGUAAGGAAGCAAAACGAUUGCUGCUGCUAAUAACUGAUCAGCUAUCUCACUUGGCACUUGACAGCAGAUUGGGAGGUAUUGUCCUGCCUAACGAUGGGAACUGCCACCUAAAGGACAAUAUGUACACUCAUUCGACUGUUAUGGAGCAUCCAUCUCUGGGAUUGCUUGUGGAUAAGUUGCUGGAAAAUAGUAUCCAUGUAAUUUUUGCAAUUCAGGGAUCAAGCAUUAACUGGUACAAGGAUCUUCUUCCCCUGAUGCCUGGUGCAUUUGCUAGGCAGCUAAAUUCAGAACUGUCAAACCUCUCUGAACUAGUGGAAGGCGCCUAUCAGGCACUGCUUUCUGAAGUAGAACUGCAGGUGGACAACCACAUCAGAGGGGUUUAUGUGAACAUUACUGCAAUUUGUCCUGAUGGAAGCACAGUUACAGGGCAAAAUAAGUGCAGAAAUGUGAAACCUAAUGAAACAGCCUCGUUUAAUGUGACAAUUGGAGUGACAGAGUGUUUUGAAGGCAUCAAGUCUAUUACUUUAAAACCCGUUGGAUACAAUGAAACAACUGUUAUUUCUAUAAGCAGCACUUGUACUUGUCAGUGCAAAGGACCUAAAGGUCAUGAGUGUGGAAGAUGCUUCAAUAAAGAGAUUGACCCAGAUUGUAGACUUUGCCAGUGUGAAGACAAUGCUACCAAUUCUUCCUGCAGAGGAUUGUCCCAAGAACAAUGUCUCACUGAAAGUUGCCGGCAAUAUAAACACCAACCUGUUUGCAGUAAUCGAGGGAUUUGCAACUGUGGGAAGUGUUUAUGCUACCAAACGAAACUAGGUAGAGUUUAUGGAAAAUAUUGUGAACUCGAUGACUUUUCUUGUCCUUAUCAUCAAGGGCAGCUGUGUGCUGGGAAUGGUGAAUGUAAAGGAGGGGAAUGCCAGUGCUACUUGGGCUGGCAAGGUGAAAGCUGUAACUGUUCUUCAUCUCUGAUGUCCUGCAGAACAGAGCAGGGUCAGAUCUGCAGCGGAAGAGGAGUGUGUGUCUGCGGCCGUUGUCAUUGCAUUGACUCCAGAGCCUCUGGCCCUUUGUGCGAGCUUUGCCCAACGUGUGAAAAUUCCUGUGAACAUAGCCGGAAGUGUGUACAGUGCCAUGUAUUAAACUACUGGGCAGUAUAUCCUGCCAAUUGCAGCGCCUCAUGUUCUCAAAUGAUGGUAGUGGACCAGAUUUCAGAAUCUGAGGAAGAAAAAUCACAAUACUGUGUCUUUCAAGAAAGCGAUAAAUUGUUAUACAAAUUUAAAAUGGUCACAACAAGCACUGAGAAAGAACUUCUUUAUGUACUGAAAGGCCCAGAAUACUAUUCUAGACACAAGGUUCUUGCAACAUUUCUUAUCUUUUCUGCUGGUACAGUCAUCACAGGAUUAAUCAUUGUGAUCGUAAUCAGGCAGAUAAUGAUGCACUGGAAUUCAAAUGAAUCAACUCACCCUGGAAAUAAUUGCAAAGUAUCUCCUCCACAAAAAGUAGAACUUAUAGGUUACAGAUUUACAAGUAGCCAGAAAGUUUAAAAAGUGUUUAGAUAGUUUCUGGUAAAUUAUUGUGAUGAAAAUAUGCUGAUAUAUACUACUGAGGGUGUAAAUUUACUUCCCUUUUUAAGGAAGGAACUUCGUUAUCUAUAGUUAGUUCAAAUACUGUAUCUUUAAAGCAUGACAAACCAGAAGAGUUUCAUGCAUACAUUGACAAAUGACAAGUAAUUCAGAACAGUAAAUUACAAUAGAAACUUUAAAGAAUAGUGUAGGAUCUCAAACUGGUUAAUAUAUUUCAAAUCAUCAGAAUGUGGAAGGCAAUGAGCAUUGUCUCUGCUCUGAUCCAUUCAGAAGGGCAGCAUUGUCAACUGCCUACAAUAUUCAUCGCUUAUUGCAUUCACAUUUGAAGGUCUCUGCCAGAUUUAUUGAAUGAGGAAAUCUCUGCCAUAGAGAGAAAUUAUUCUUGGCUGCCAAUGCAAACAAAACAGCAGAAUUGGAAAAUCUAUUUGAUAAGUAUAAAGUGGGUUGCCGAUUAAUUAUUAGUUGCUUUCUGCUAUAGCCCAAAUUUCAGCCCUAGAUUUUGAUUACUCUCCAUAAACAAAACUUCCUAGCACCAAUCUAUCUAUAUAUUUAUGACCUAUACUCAUUCAUUCUAAGAUUACAGCUUAACUUUAAGUCACGUUCUUCAUUUUCCUUUUUUAUACUAUUUACAAAUACUAUCUCAGUUACCUCCCAUUAGAAAUGAAUACCUUCACUUGCUUCUUUUUUCUGUUAUAAUUCAGUACUGUGAAAUAGAUUUUUUUUCUGAGAGAACUGCUUCCAUGUAUCUGAAUACUAGAUAUAACACGAGAUUGCAUUUAGUCUUCAAGAUAACAUAUCAUGUGAUGAAUUGAUAUUUUGACUUUACUGCAACCUCAGAUGAAUUAUAUCUCAUUCAGACUCAAACUAAUGGAAAUUAAAUGUGAAUUAAAUUGUAAGUAAUGACCACAAGAGAGUUAUCCUAUAAUUCUGAACAUACCAGCAUUUCUUCAAAACUUUUUCUUUGAUAAUAUGCUGUAACUUAUGUGAACUAUGGCUCCAAGAACCAGUCUUUGUGCAAUAUACUUGUAAGCAAAUCCCUGGAAAUAAUAGAAAUAUUAUUGUGAUUUCUACAAAGUACACAUUUACAAAAUGAUCACCAAUAUUGAAUUGGUUCCAAAUACAAUCUGUGAAAAUAAUUCUCAAGAAAGUAACUACUGUGAUCAUUAAUUAACAAUUUCACCUUCUUUUACUCUCAGUUAUAUUUCUGAUCAUCAGUAUCUAUACUUACUUUCAAUUGCUAUUUAUGUUUUUAAAUAUUUUGAAAUUGCUGAUGUAUUUUUAAUAAGUAUAGUAAGUAUAUACUGAUUAUCCGAAAUAAAGUGGAUAUGAACUUCCAUGGUAGGACCCUAUUUAUAAGCCGGUUGUGCUAAAAUUAGCCAUGUGGCACUUCACAACACUGAUGAGGUUACUCAUUACAUCUUUGCUUCAGAUUUCAAAGCCCAUGUUUUGUUAGAAGAAGUUCCUUAAAAUUAUAGUCAACAGUCUCUCUCAACCCUUGAAACUAAGCAUGAUCCAAGGUUUUCCAGGAUGUGCACACUUAUUAUUACUUUCUGUCAGAUGUUAUUCAUUGUAAUGAAAACAUCCCCUGUUUACCUUCAGUUUCUCUAUUCCUGUGCGAUUUUUAUGGGUAACCAAUCUUUUCCUAAAGUUACCAAUAUUUCACCAUUUACAUCAAUUUAAUCAAAAGAAGGGCUGAUUUUAAUUAUCAACAGUAGCAGAAGAAUGUUUGCAGAGGAUCAAGCACCCUAUUUGAUUUUGCUUUUCAGUCAAAAACCAUACAAUUGAUCUCAAAAAAAAUCUUCAAAUUCAGUUUUAAGUCUUCAUCAUCUACUUAUAAGCAGAAUCUCACAUAAUGUAUUUGCCUUAAGUCUAAUAAUAUAUUUAUUUAAUAACCAAUAGUGUUGUUGAUUUACAUGUAGCUAUAUGUACAAGUGUGUAUGCAUAAACAAACUUUCAUGUUUUUUUGUGUAAUGUUUUUGCUGUAGAACUGUGAAGUACUUUUUAAUGCACUGGAGAUAUUCUGUUUGUGAGACAGUCAUAAAAUUAACAUUCAGCUUUAUAAUUUAUGUGAGGUUAACCAAGUUUUACAGGGUCAAAAGCAAGGGCAGUUGUUUUAAAGAUGAAACUGCGUAAUUGUUUAUAUCCGCUGUUGGGUUUCUUGAAGUGAGUUGUCCUAUCUGACCAUCUAUUUCCAGCAUUACUGUGCAUGUUGUUAGCACAUUAUUGUUUUUAAUUAUAACCCUGGAACAUAAUGGUAGAGGAGCAUUUGAGCCAAGUUACAUUUUCUAUUAUAUUAAUUUAAAGGGGCAUUUAAAAAAAAUAGCAAUUUAGAAUCUGAAUUAACAUAAUAUUCAUAAACAUCUCAAAGAGUACAGAGGUUGAAUUCUCAUAUAUGCUUUGUGCUCUUAUUUUGCAUGUGUUAGAAUUACCCCAGAUUUGGUGGUUCAAGUGGAAUUAUAUCCGUGAGCAUUAACAUUAUAUUUCAUUCUUUAACCAAAAUGAGGAAAGCAUUAAAUUAGAAUUAUUUUGUUAUAGCUCUGUAGUUUGCAUACUGGUGUUUCCUACUAUCAACACAACCCAUUUCAAGGAUGACAAAUAUCCCAAGCUUUUCAUUUCCUUAGUCACCUUGCAUAUUUCUAAAACGUGCAAUGAUGCCACUGCUAUCUUUGAAAUGGUACAACAGCAAUUGAAAAGAAUUGCAGGUCAACUUUUAUUUGAAUGGUAUAGCUUGGCCUGCAAUAACACAACCAAUUAUUUCAUAAUAGAAAUUCUUGAACUUACCAGAGGCAUUGGUUAACACUAUGCACUUUAGAAAACAACAUAAUCAGCAACUGGUACAAUUUCUCACAUUAAUUACUGAAAUGAUAAAAUAGCAAUAGAAUGUCAAUCCCCAACUCUAAAACUUGCACUAACAAUUAACUAAACUUCUCUUAUUUAUUAUGAAUUCUGAUCCAUAGAAUAAAUAAUUAUAUAAUAUCUGAGUUUCAGUAAAUUAUUUUGAUUUCUUUCUAUAGGCGAUAAUUUUAGGUUUACACUUGGUGUCUGUAAAAUGUUAUAUUCUUAAAGAAUCUAAGACAAUAGUUAACAUACUGUGUGUUAAUAUGUUGUUUAAGCAUGUUAUUACCAAAGUGGUUUAUUCUUGCAGUCUCACAUAAUGAUGAUGCAUUUGUCUUCAAAAUUGCUGCUAAUUAAUCAUUGAAUGCUGCAAAUGGCUAUUUAAUUGAUUCUCUGCAAACCUCUGAUAGAGAUAUCGAAGGUCUAAAAUGGAUGAAGUAUGAUCAGUUAAUGAGGGUUCUUUGUUCAAACAUCAUAAGCUAAAUAAACACCAUGCAACAUGGUCCUAAAUUAUUUCUAAAAAAAAAGUAAUCUGAUUUUUCAUGUCCAAGUUACAAAGCACAAAUGCAAUCCAAUUACUUAAACAGGUUAUCUAAUUAUUUUAGACAUUCACACCACAUCAAUUAUAAACAUUUUAGAAACAUUUUAUUGUCAUAAAAUGUAUGUUUUUGCUUAGAAAUUCAAUUCUAGAGUGAUCCAAGAGCCUCUGCUGGAACAUGUGCAAUGGUGGCCUCUGUGACUUUUAACUAUUCAUACAUUGCUCAGUGACAGAACUAGUUAAACAUUUCAAUACAUGUGAGGCCUACUUUGGCAUUACUUAAAAGGUUCUUGCCAAAUACAGUCACAGAUUAUCAAGUUCAACACUGGUUGCUUACUCCAGGUAAUUCUACGGCCUGUUACACCACUGGCGUUUAGAACAGUAAUGAAGGUCCUACAUCUUUGGUGCUGUUCAGGACUUCCAUCAUUGUGUCAGUAGCUCAUUCUUCACUACUGUCAAUCAUGCAAGUUCUGGGUGGAGACUCAGGAACUCUGUCAAACUCAGAUGUAGAAAGGUUCUGCAUUAAUGUUUCCAUAAUAGUUUUGUUUUACCAGUCAGGAUUGUUAGCCCUGAGCUGAACCCCCAAUCCUGGAGGACUGGUGGACCACUCUUAGUCUGGCCUCUACCCUUUGACCUGUUUGGCAUGGGUGAACCUACCAAGAGCCAAAGCAUAGAGAGCUUUGCCAUAAUAGCUCCCCAGCUCACUGAAGUAUGCAAGCCUCCAAACUCUUCAGGUCAGUUUACAAGUUAAAAGCUUACUACCAAUGGAAAUUUUGGGGUAAGAAAAGUCAUCCUUAUGACUGUUCUUCCUCAUUAACCCUGGCCCUCCUUACCCUAAAGGUCAUUUCCUCUAUCUUUUUUUUUUCUAAAUGAGCACAAUACCAAGUACUCUGGCCCCAAACAAAAUGCUGUAUGCUUAUUUUGUUACUAAAUAAGUUUUGAUGCACAGGAAAGUUACAGGUUCAUUUAUACAUGGUGAUGCUACCAGGGCUGAGAAAAUCGGAAGUUGAAGACUUCUUUUAAUAACAUUGCAGACCAAUACUCAACUCGAACAUUGCAACAAAUUGCAGACUUCGAAUAAACCAGUCUGGUUGCUUAAUCAACAAACCUAGCACUGAAUAUUGACAAAUUUGUAGCAUUUUAAAAUUAUAUUGUAGUGUUAUGUUUUUUUAAUAAUUUCUUUGAUUACUGUUGUUAUAUCUUACAAUACUAAAUAGUUGAGACUACUUUUACAAUAAAAACAAUAAUUAUUAAGACUGUAACAUUGUUUUCCUUUCAAAAUAUUCUCCUGUAAUUACUUGGCAAAAUUAUGGCUUUUGUAAGUGUUUUCAAAUGUUCUGUUGAAUAAAACUUCAUUUGUUGCAUGGA